AUGGCGGGUGAAGUUGAAAAUUCACAGAUGAAUGAAAAAAGUAUACCACAUACUGUAUCUGGGAUUAAUUUAAGCAGACUAAGAGAAAAAGUAAAAUUUUAUAUUGAAAAGCACCAGUAUGAGUCUGCAUUGUUCUGGGCAGAUAAAGUUGUAUCACUCUCCAAUGGUAAUCCUGAUGAUGUGUAUUGGUACGCCCAGACCCUGUACCUGACUGGACAGUAUCACAGAGCCUCCCAGCUCCUGAGGUCAAGAAAACUGGACAAGAACAACUCCGCUUGCCGUUACCUAGCAGCUAAAUGCCAUUUUGAAUGCAAAGAAUGGCAGACAGCAUUGAACAUACUGGAUAUGGUGGAGAACAACAGUUUCCUCCCUUCCUUCACCAAGCACAAUCUGACAGACUCUCUCUAUGACCAGAGUCAAAAAGAGGUAGUGGAGCAGUCAUACAAUCUUUCUAAGUCUGGUACCUGUGUUUUAGAGCGGGAGUUGUUAGAUACAUUACCAUUUGCUGUCCAGUGCCCCGUAGAAGAAGUAGAACUAAUUCGAUAUUUAUAUGAAAAUAGAAUCAAAAAGUAUGACAAGCCAAAAGAGCACAGAGUUCCGGGAUCCUUGUCUUGUUUAAAAACCAAUAAAGACAUUGUUGUUAACGUGGCCGAGAGACAUUACUAUAACUGUGAUUUCAGGGAGUGUCAUAAAAUUACAACAAAAGUAAUGAGUGAUGACCCUUACAAUACUCAGUGUUUACCCAUUCAUAUAGCAGUGUUAGUGGAACUCAAAAAAGCCAAAGAUUUGUUUUACCUCUCUCACAAGCUUGUGGAUUUAUACCCUAAUGAUCCUGUUUCCUGGUUUGCAGUGGGAUGUUAUUAUUUACUGACAGAAAAGAGUGAACCUGCUCGACGAUAUCUCAGUAAGGCUACAACACUGGAUCGCGUGUAUGGGCCGGCCUGGCUGGCGUUUGGACACUCCUUUGCAGCUGAGAACGAACACGACCAGGCCAUGGUGGCGUAUUUCACCGCGUCACAGCUGAUGAAGGGAUGCCACCUUCCACUCCUGUAUAUAGGACUAGAGCAUGGCUUAACCAACAACUUCAAACUGGCAGAGCGGUUCUUUAGUCAGGCUCUCAGUAUCGCCCCAGAGGACCCCUUUGUGUUACAUGAGAUGGGAGUCAUAGCGUUCAAAAGCCAGGAGUGGAGCACAGCAGAGAGAUAUUUUAUGGACGCCCUUAGAAUUUUAGAAAAUAUUGGACAAGAAGUGAUUGUGGAAAAAUGGGAACCUCUCUUAAAUAAUCUGGGACACACAUACAGAAAAUUAAGAAAUUAUGAAAAAUCCUUGGAGUAUCACAAACGAGCGGGAAUUCUAUCGCCCCAAAAUCCUUCUACCUACUCUGCCAUCGGCUAUACGUACGUCCUCAAGGGAGACAACUUAAUGGCUGUGGACUAUUUCCAUAAAGCACUAGGUAUCCGUCGAGAUGAUCAAUUUUCCACAACCAUGCUGUCCAGUGUUAUAGAAACUUUGAUGUCCGAGAUGGACCCUUGUGAAGGUGCUUCAGAAGAUUUCCCAGCAUUCCCUACUCCGGGGAAGUUAGAGUUUUCUCACAGCAGUAGUCAGGAACUCAGUGACCUUGACAUCAAUCCUGAGGACAACUCAAGCAUGGCCAUAGAAGAAGUAGACAUGGAUGACUGAAUAGUGUAAAACCCUUAGUGAUUGGUUGAAAUUUGAAGGCUCAUUUCAUACAGAGAUGAUCAUGGAAAUAUGUAUACAUCCCAGAGUGAUGGCAUACCUUGCCCACUUAUGUAUUUUAUCCACAUGUUGAGUAUCCAGUGAAUUUUCCAGGAAGUAGCAAUGGGUCUUAUCAAAUCAUUUUAAAUUAGAAACCUCUGAAUAUGUUUGAAUAUCAUAUCAUAUCUGUCAGAUAUCCAUAUAUUGUAUCAAGUGAUAUAAGUAACUUAUGGUUACUGGUAAUUUAAACUUAAUAUUCAGAACGUACACAAUUACAACAUGUAUCAUGUGCAAUUUAUGAUUAAUGUUGUAAUUAACAUGGGAUUGUUCAUUGAAAUUUUAUUAUGAUGGAAGAAUUGAUUUGAUAUUGAUUCAUUUCAAUAAUAUUCAUACUUAUAAUGUUAAUAUUGUGUAUGAUAUGAAAGGAAAAAAAUGAAAUUUCUUUAAGACUGUGUCGGCUGUAGUUUGAGUCUGGAAGAAAACAGUAUAUAUAACAAAUUAGGAAGGCAUAUACAGUUUAUAACAACUAUGAAGUUUAAAAAAAUUUGCAAUAAUUUUAAUACUUUUUAAAAAUUAUUUCAGUUAUAAAAUUAGUUAGACACCAGUACUUCUUUUCAUUUCAUAUUUUUAUAGCAUGUUGGUUAUCUGGUAUUAUUGGUAUGUAAGAUACACAUACACCAGAAGACAAAUCUGCCAAAAUAUUAGGGUUAGUAUUAUUCAAUUUUUAAAGAGUUUCUUGAUCUUGACAGAUGUGUUACUAAGCAAUUCUUACUUAAUAUCUGACUUCUAGAGUUGUGAAAUGAAUCCCAGUCAACUAUACAUGUAUUGACAUUACAUGUCACUCUUUAUGUUCAAAUAUUGUAGAAAAUUGAUGUGAUAUUGAAUAAACUGAAUGGUUAUUUAAUUUUU